AUGGCACGUUCAUUUCUACCAGUAUUGAUCACUGCUUUAGCUGCCAACAUGGCUAGCGCUCAAGUCGCCAAUUCGGAUAUUUGCUCGAGUCCUGCAUUUCAAGCGCUUUCGGGUAUACGCCUUGGUAAUAGUCCUAUUUUUGUGCGCACAUUGAUACAAGGUGAUGAUGUUUGUAUUGAGUAUCAACUUGAUGCAUCAGUGGCAAGUGAAGCCACGUGGUUUGGUGUCGGUCCGUCGCGUGAUGCUGUCAUGGUGAGCAAUCCAGCCUCAAGCGUCAUGAUGUUUUUCAAGGACACCGGCAGGCCCGUGUCCUAUUUGCUCGGCGGUUACGUCAACAGCGACGUGACGGAGGAGAGUGACCAGUCUGCCUUUGUGGUAGGCUCGACCGAUACCACCAGCAUGAGCUUCAGCUUCCAGCGCACGUUGGCGGCCGCUACGGCGUCCGAGGUGGCCCUCUCGGACUCUGCUUCGACCACCUUUAUUUGGGCCUUUGGCAAUUCAUGGCCCAUUUCCACGCACAGAAGUGGCACUAACGGUGUUGCCACGUUUAACGUUGCAGCGGCGGCUAAUCCGAAUGCACAGGCUAGCACGACGAUCAGCUCCGUUGCAUCCACGUCUUGGUGCAGUGACAAGAACUGUCCGGGCAUUGUUGGCGGCAUUGCCUUUGCUGUUAUGGCGGUUUGUGGACCUCUGGUCACUGUAGUGCUCAAGUCCUCGUCUGUCGGCAAGCUGCUGCUGCAUCGCACUGUGGCCUCGCCACCGGUAAAGUCGACGACGAAUGCGCCAAUACCCAAGCCCCAUACCAUGUUCAUGCAAACGCUGGCUGACCUCCAUUUCGGUGAACUGCUUGUGAUGCUUAUCUUUAUUGCUGCCGUCAUCGUGCUGAUCGCUCUACUGAGAGAUGAGGACAAGCAUAUCGUGUCGGGCCAGGUGAGCGUGCUGGUCCUCAUGUUUCUCAUCCUGCCGGUAGCUCGUGUACCAGUAUGGUCGAUACUUUUUGGCACGUCGUUCGAGCGCAUGAUCAAGUUUCACCGCUGGCUUGGCCUCAUCUUGAAUAUCGCGGUGAUUGUUCACGUCAUACAGACGAGUGAAAUUGUUGACAUAUUGCUCGACGAGAAGUACGGUGAAGUGACUCCGCUUUAUGGCUUUAUUGCCUUCGUGUGUUUUGUUGCGAUGACGUUUUUAUCGAUCGAGCCCAUUCGUCGCAUGUUCUUUGAAGUGUUCUACUUUGCACACCGUCUGCUGUCAAUCGUUGGCUUUGUAUUCACUAUCCUACACGCCCCAAAGCUCAUCGGUCUUGCGCUCUGUGUCCCGCUUGGACUUUACGCUCUUGGUCUGUUGUACCGAUGGUACAGCGCUUUGACAGGCUCGUACAAGAUCUCUGCAUCUGUGCACUCAGCUUCAAACUCAACCACGCUUAUUUUGGAACCCACCACAAAGACUGGCAGGAUGGCUAUGAACGUGAACCCUGGAUCAUACUUCAUGGUGCGUAUUCCGGCUAUCUCGGCUAUCCAGUGGCAUCCGUUUUCCUCAAUUGUGACGCCUGAUGGGAAAUCAAUUGGUUUCUGUAUCAAGGCAAUGGGCAACCGGUCUUUUACGCGUAAGCUUCUGGAAAAGGCUAGUACGCAGUACGAACUAAAGGCAAACCUGUGUGGCCCUUUUGGCAAGAUGUCGCUUAACUUGGAGCAUUAUGACGCAGUUGUCCUGGUGGCUGGGGGUGUCGGUAUUACCCCGAUGAUAAAUUUGAUCAACCAGACACGAUUGUUCCCCACAGCUAAGGCCAGCACCGAUAUGGACAAAGCUCCUAAGACGACGGACUGGUAUGUGGUAUGGUCGGUGCGCAAACCAGAGGAUAUUUUGAUGAUGGAGGAGUUUUUGCCGACUCACACGCAGCUCGAAUUUGCAGCUCGCACUAGCAUCCAGGACCCCAAUGCGGCCAUUCUUGGAACUAGUCCAUCGGCACCUAUCAACAUCAACUGGAUGUUCCAUGUGUCGAACGCGAGGACAAGUGGCGUUAUCACGCGUGCGAAUGGCGAGACUCUAUCGUACCGUAGUGGCAAGCCUGUUCUCGAUGAAUUUAUCAACACGAGUCGUUUCAAUGGUCGCAAGGUGACUGUCGUGGCAUGCGGGCCGCCGACAAUGACUGUCGAGGCUCAGUCACUCGCGCGCGACUGCAGCUUUGACUUCCAUAAGGAGGUGUUUAAUUGGUAA